UCAGGUUGCCUGUUGCUUUUCAGGAGACUCACGGAGGCACUCAAGUUCCUUUUUAGCAGGUUCCCAGCACCAUGAAGGCCUGGAUCUUCUUUCUCGUUUGCCUGGCCGGAAGGGCCUUAGCAGCCCCUCAGCAGCAGGAGGCCCUGCCUGAUGAGACGGAAGUGGUAUCGGAAACCAUGGUUGAGGUCGCCGAGGUGGCUGAGGUACCUGUGGGUGCCAACCCUGUACAGGUGGAAGUAGGCGAAUUUGAAGAAGUCGAGGAAACCGAAGAGGAGGUGGUGGUGGAAAACCCCUGCCAGAAUCACCACUGCAAACAUGGCAAGGUGUGCGAGCUGGACGAGAACAACACCCCCAUGUGCGUGUGCCAGGACCCCACCAGCUGCCCUGCCCCCGUUGGCGAUUUCGAGAAGGUUUGCAGCAACGACAAUAAGACCUUCGACUCCUCCUGCCACUUCUUUGCCACUAAGUGCACCCUGGAGGGCACCAAGAAGGGCCACAAACUCCACCUGGACUACAUUGGACCUUGCAAAUACAUCCCCCCAUGCCUGGACUCUGAGCUGAGUGAAUUCCCCCUGCGCAUGCGUGACUGGCUCAAGAACGUCCUGGUCACCCUGUACGAGAGGGAUGAGGGCAACAACCUCCUGACCGAGAAGCAGAAGCUGCGAGUGAAGAAGAUCCAUGAGAAUGAGAAGCGCCUGGAGGCUGGAAACCACCCUGUGGAGCUGCUGGCCCGGGACUUUGAGAAGAACUACAACAUGUACAUCUUCCCUGUGCACUGGCAGUUCGGCCAGCUGGACCAGCACCCCAUUGAUGGGUACCUGUCCCACACUGAGCUGGCCCCACUGCGUGCGCCCCUCAUCCCCAUGGAGCACUGCACCACCCGCUUUUUCGAGACCUGUGACCUGGAUAAUGACAAGUACAUCGCCCUGGAGGAGUGGGCCGGCUGCUUCGGCAUCAAGGAGAAGGACAUCGACAAGGAGCUGGUGAUCUAGAUCCCUGCCUGCGGCUGCAGACCCGGGUUCUGUCUCUUUGAUAUCCCCCCUCCCUGUUCCCCUCAUGUUUAAAAUGUUUGGAUGGUUUGUUGUUCUGCCUGGGGACAAGGUGCUAACAUAGAUGUAAACAAAC